AGGCUUUCGUCGCUGCUCUAUAUCUAGAUCCAAGAUUUAAUUUUGAAGAAACACCUCUCCUCAGCUCUGAGCAAUAGGAUGUUUCAAUGGAUCACUUAAUAAGGACUUACGAAAUGAUCCAGAAAAUUGAAAAUCCAUCAGAAUAUCGGAAUGAUUGCACUUCUGGAGUUGUACCACAUACAACACAGGACAAUGAACUUCCAAGCACAUCGAAAGGGACGUACCAUAAGUUAACGCUGCACGUAAGGUCAUUGGCAAAAUCGCAAAGUGCAACGAGACCAAUCGUAAAACCUAACAUCAAACAAAAGCUGGUUAAUCUCUGUGUAAAAGAAAUGGAACCGUUCGACACAAAUGUCCUGGAAUACUGGAGAAAAUUUUAUCGGAAUGAGUGUGAGAUGUUGAAGUUAGCGGAGGUUGUAUUAGCAGUACCAGCAACACUAGUUUCUGUUGAGCGGGCUUUCAGCGCACUUUCUCCAAUACUCAUUAAGUUACGUACAAAAUUGUCAAAAAAAUCGUUAUCGAAUCUAUUGAUAACAGAAUUAAAUUUUGAUAUUCUCCACUUCUCAAAAUUAGAAAUUGAAGAAAAUAAAUAG